AUGGCUCAUCCCAGAGAUCCAGGAGAUAUCCCCCCAACGUUCAGGAUAGAUCUUUCUCUCCCUCCUUCAGAAAGAUACGUUGCCUUGGCUUCUUCGUAUCGACAGAGACUAAGGUCACUCAUCGACAUCUUUGAAGAGCUUGUCAGUUCCUUGGACGGCAUCGUCUCCCCGAAAUGGGUCUACCGAGUCGCUCCUAUUCUGCUGAGGAAACUAUAUUCCCGCGAGGAGACUGAAGAGAUUAAAGGAAUAUCCAGAGUUACAGGCAUAGACCUCUAUAUUCUUGUAUCUCUAAACGUAUUUCUCGAUCUCCUUAUGGGAUGCACCAGCGGGGCUGCCUUGACAAAACAGCCACACGAUACCGAUGCCAAAAUGCUUCACUUUCGUACACUCGACUGGGAUAUGGAUGAGCUCCGUUGGCUGAUUGUGAAACUUGAGUACGUUCGCGGAUCUGAGAGUAACACUGUUAUUGCAACAAGUGUAACGUACGUGGGCUUUGUUGGAGUUCUAACAGGUGUGAGGAGAGGGCUAAGCAUCUCAUUGAAUUUCCGUCCAAAUCAUAAUCCAGGCAGGUUUUUGGCAAAUUAUCGGUUUUAUGGGAGCCACCUGCUCGUGCUACUCGGUAUGCGACGGUCUAUAUCAUCAUUUCUUCGAAAAUACAUCCUGUCACCAGACCUAGAUCAUAUUCAGAGCCAGUCCUGGCUUGACCGAAUACUAAAGCAAAAGAAAUCAAGGAUCCCGUCAAAAACAACCUUGGACUGGAUAGCGGAAAAUCUGCCCCGUGUACCCACAACUGCAGCUUACUUGAUUAUGUGUGACGGGAACUCAGCGAUUGUUUUUGAGAAAGAUCACAGAAGUGCUGUUAUCCAACGGUCCUCAUCAUUCGUGGUUGCUACCAACAGUGAUAUAGCGAAGGUAUCUCUGGCCGGUCAGAAAGAAGAAGCUGUUGAAUAUGACAAAGGCCAUGAUGACAGGAUGAUCGAGGCUUCCAACGAACCUCUAGAUUUAGAUGAUCUUAUUUUCCUCAGCGGCGAACGAAGAGCUCACAUGCAGGAUGCGUGGGAGAAAAAGGUAAAAGAGAAGCAAGAGAAGCCGUCAACUUCUCACGAUUAUUCUACAGCCGAACCCAUUUUGAGCCAGCUAGGAUGCCAGUCGGGACCUACUAUGGAUUGCCGUCUUGAUGUUUUACUUGAUCUAUGCGACGAUAACCAAGUUACAGCAAUGCCAUCAGAAGUUACUGAAUGGAUAAAUGGAUACCCUGUUACAAAUGAAAUGACUCACUUUGCUGCUAUCAUGGACCCUACUUUGGGUCAAGUAGCCUGGCUUAGACGGUACCUAGAGCCACCUACCCACAAUAAUAACAGUUGA